UAGAGAACAAUAUGGGCUUCAUAGACAUUAUUAUUUAUGUUGGAGUAAUUACUUACAUUACAAUCGCGAUUGUUGGCUUUCCGGUAGGCUUGAUAUUCGGAGCUAUUCAUUCCCAUGAAAAGUAUUCAGAAAGUUUGCCCCAAGUUCUGAUGCAUGAGCCAAGUGUCCCUUUUUUGAAGAUAAUUAAUUCCAUUGAACCUAGCCAAAUGCAUAACCUUGAGAGAAGCCUUCAGAGUACUGAUGAUUUAUCGGCAUGGGACAAAUUCGGAUUUGAGAUCCUUUAUAUGCCGAUGAACUUGACAUUCUUUUUAGCUAUUUUUGUUGUGGCUUUAAACUACCAUCAUAGCUACAGCACAUGGGUGUUCAAAUGGCUUGGCGUAUUCAUCUACAUUCUCUCGUUCAUUAUAAUCCACAGAGAUUUUUCCCUGGUGAUCUUCAAGAUGGCUGAAUAUGGGUUUUAUCCUCCUGUGCACAUCAUAUUGUUCAUUUAUUUCUUCGUUGUUCAUUUAUGAUCCCUAUGAAUUCUUAUAUUUGCAACAAGUCUUAUUUAUGACCAAGCAAAGGACAUAUUGUAUGACACUUGAAUAGAUAGGAGGCCUCUUUUGGUAUACUUGCUUUUGGCUCAUAUCAUAGAAGGAGUCUGCAUUAUUGGGAGCUUUUACAUUCAUGACUACAUCCAAUUCAUUACAAGUAAUAUAUAUGUUGUAAUAUGUCAGAAUUUAUUCUGGAUGCCUCUUUUGCUGUAUUCACUCAUAAAAAGAAAAAGACUCAAUGAUGUCAGAAAAGGCUUUAAGAGCACCAAAGAAUGGAUUGGGACACUUUGUAUCAGUGUGCAUUUAUCAUUCACUGUGAAUUAUCUAUACAUUUUCACAGAACAAAGCCAUUCGAUAGGAAUGAAAAUCUGAUACUUAUUCAUAUUUCUUCUAAUCCACAUAAUCCUCAUUUUGCUUUACAUAAUCCACCAAUCAUUCUUCUGUGGUCUUUUUUACAGUCAUUACGAAAAGCAGUACUGAAAUGCUCAAAUUCCUAUCCGAAAACAUUACUCAUCUUCAGACCCUCGACACAUUCAAAACCGGCAUUGUGACUACUGCUUAAACUCCCUUGCAGAUCCAUGCUUGGAGUACCUCUCUACUGAAGAACUUCAGAGCCACAUGUACAAGACUUUGACUAAAAACAAGGGGACGUACAUGUCUCCCUGCUUGUUCCACAUUUUCCAUCCAGAAUGCUUCAUGAAGAUUUAUAAACAGCUUCAUGUGUGUCCCAUUUGAGAUAGUGGGUUUGGCAUUUUGGUUAAGUGAGAAGGGAAAUAUGAUUAUUUGGAGUAAAACAAGGGGUUGAUAAAGCAUUUUUGAAGGUUUUG